AUGGUUUCUCUUCUUGUUGCAACAACAAUCGACCCGGCUUCAAUCAACCCGGCCAAUGCCCUGCUAGCCCUACCAGGAUGGCUACCCGGACCCCAUUUUCAGGAUGAUAUGAAGAGUUUUGUGAAUCAAGGGUUGAGGGUUUUGGUUCACGGAAAGAGUAUUGUGGUAGAAGAUAAUUUGGAUGAAAGGUGGGAAAAGGUUACUGGAGAGGUUGUUGAUGAAGUUAUCUUCUUAAGUAAACACACUGCUGCUUCUAAUAAACCCGCUCUCACUGUUCAUCCUAUUGGAGUUCCUCAUUUGCGUGAAGGUGACGUUCCACCUCAAGGUGGCAAACCAGGAUGGGCAGCACUGCCAAAUCCUAGGAUUGGACCUUGGAUUCGACUUUUGAAAAAUAUUGCUCAAGCUCAUUAUCUACUCCCUGAAUUUGAGAUUACUUUGGAGGCCACUCAUCACGGACCUUUGACAAACAAGCCAACCAUGUUUCUCGAGAUUGGUAGUACUGAAGACUAUUGGAAGAGACAAGAUGCUGCUCAAGUUAUGGCUCAGUUAGUUUGGGAAGGACUUGGACUUGGAGGAGGGACUGAUGUUGGGAACUGGAGCAGGGCAAAUGGUAAGAAGAAAGUCCUUCUUGGGAUAGGCGGUGGACAUUAUGUGCCUAGACAUAUGGAUGUAAUACUGAAAGAUGAUGUUUGGGCUGGUCACCUACUUUCGGGAUAUUCAGUGCCAAUGGAAGAUCCAAAAGGAGAAACAAAUGUGGAGAUUGGAGGAACUUGGAAACAGUCUAUAAAAGCUGCAUAUGAGGCCACUAAAUCUGCUUUUCCUGGUGGAGAAAUUCUUGCACACCUUGAUCAAAAGAGCUUCAAGGGAUGGCAGAAGAAUGCCAUAACAGGAUUCCUUGCAGAGCAGAAUAUUAAAAUUGGAAAGCCAAAUAACUUCUAUUGA